GUUACAUCUUGAAUAUUACAUACAUUUCUUCACUGUUUUACACGUAUUUUUCAACCGCACCCAAUGUCUUUUGGCGGCUUUGGACAAGCUGCAGGGGGUGCUAAACCUCUUUUUGGAGGAUUCGGCCAACAACCCACUACCUCGGCUCAGCCAGCUACGACCGGUGGUGGACUCUUUGGCUCCCAGUCCCAACCACAGCAACAACCCCAACAACAACAACAAUCAACAGGCGGUUUAUUCGGAUCUCAGCCAAAACCUGCAGGGACGGGAAUGUUUGGGUCAACUAGCCAGCCUCAACAGGGGCAGCAAGGAGGUGGAUUGUUUGGGUCAACGACAGGGGCAGGCACAACGGGAACUGAAGGAGGGUUCUUUGGGUCAACGACGCAGCAACAGCAGCAGCAGCAGCAGCAGCAACCGUCUGGUGGAUUGUUUGGCUCUACAGCCAGCGCACCUGCUCAAGGAGGUGGUGGGCUCUUUGGUCAGACUCAACAGCCUCAGCAACAGCCUCAAACGGGUGGUGGAUUGUUUGGAAGUACGGCGGGUACAGCGGGUACGAGUACGGGAGGAUUGUUUGGACAGCAGAACCAAAACCAGCAAAAGCCUGCGGGAGGGCUGUUUGGAAGUACCGCUGCACCUGCGACUGGCGCUGGACUGUUUGGGUCGACCCAGCAGCAGCCACAACAGCAGCAAGGAGGUGGUUUCUUUGGGUCUACUACCCAGCAGCCUUCUCAGACUGGUGGGCUGUUUGGAUCAGCAGCUCAACCUCAGCAACAACAGGGGCAACAGCAAGGUGGAGGGUUGUUUGGAAACCUUGGACAGUCACAAGCCAAACCUACAGGUGGUUUGUUCGGCGGUAGCGCAUUUGGUGCUCAGCCUCAACAACAGCAACAACAACCGCAGCAACAGCAAGGUGGUUUGUUCGGAUCCACUUUUGGCCAGUCUACCAAUCAAGUCAACCAGCUUCAACAAUCCCAGGCUCCUCAUCAGAGCAUGCAGCAGAGCGUGUUUGGUGUGAAGAAGGAGAUGGAUAUCGAGUCGAGGAUCAAGGCGGUCCAGAAUGCUUGGGAUACUAGUAGCCCCGAUUGUCGUUUCAAAUACUUUUUCUAUAAUGUUGUGGAGGAAGGGACAGCAAACAGAUAUGGAAGGCCGGCGGGUGCGAACGAUGAUGCCAAGUGGGCAAAGGCUUUGCGGGAUAACCCCGAUCCCAACUCGAUGGUCCCCGUGCUGGCAGUCGGCUGGGCCGACGUGAAAAAACGCCAACAGCUCCAAGAAAACCUUGCAAGCGUUCACCAAGAACGUAUCAAGGAAAUCACCGCCGCUCUCGCACACACUCGACAAACGUCCCUCUCAUCCUCUAUCCGUCUGGCCAACCUUCAAGCAAGACAAUCUCAACUUGUGCAUCGGUUAAUUCACCUCGCAGCUCAAACUCCGCAACAUGUACCCAUCAUUCAAUCGACAGUGUUUAAGCAGGAAGAAGCAGAUAUGGCCAAGCAGCUUGAAGGGGUCAAGGCGGAGCUUGAAGGACAUGGUAGAAAUAGUGUAAAGAGGGUGGAGGCUAGAGGAGAAGUGUCUAGAGGGAGACUGCUGGGUCAGGUGAAUGAGCUUUGGGGCCAGUUGGAGGAGAUUCGGAGGAAAAGAAAGGUCCGAGGUCCUGAUGGACGAGAACAGUGGGUGGGAGAUGAGAAGAUGCUGUCUGAGAUUGCAGAGGUUCUGGCGACGCAGCAGACGGCGUUACAAAAGCUGUCAGAUCUUGCGCAAGACGCGAACCUCGAUGCGGACGUGAUGCUGAGCCAUGGCGGCGACCGAUGAGAGCAGAGUGGGGAGUGUGUUUCUUAUAGCGGUGUAUAAGGGCAAUGCAUAGCCAUUCGCAGUUUGCAGUAAUAUGUAGCCGUGC